AUGUCUGCACAACAGCAACCACCCACUACUGAACAAGAACAAGCCAAGGAACCCGAGCUUACAGAUGAGCAGAUUCUAGAGUUUGAACAACGCAUCAAGGAUGAAGAAGCACUCAAAAUCCCCCUUGUAUGCCAAGCCGAACCCAUUUCCACACUCGAACAAGAAUUCAAGAACAAUGAACCCUUCCUUCGCAAAAUCAAGAAUAUGAGCGAGACAUCCGAUAGGAUCCGAAAGUGUCGUGGCGACGGCAAUUGUUUUUUCAGAGCUUUUUCAUUUGCAUGGUUUGAGAGUUUAACACGCGAUCAGAAUGCCUAUCAAGCAGCCCUUGGCAAACUCAAAAGCACACCCGAUAUGCUUGAACGUGCUGGAUUCCAGAAACUUGCAUUUGAAGAUUUCUACGAUAUCACACUUGAACAAUUUGAACAACUUCCUGCUCGUGCCAGUGAUCCGGAUAUGUUACUUGUCAGCUUUCAAUCCGAGGAAAUCAGCAACAGCAUUGUCAUGUAUUUACGAUUCAUCGCAUCAGCCUAUUUGCGUAUCCAUUCAGCAGAAUACGAGCCCUUCCUUAUUGAUGAAAUGAUCUCCAUUGAUGAGUUUUGUGCCAUGCAUGUCGAAGCGUUUGGUCGUGAAUCGGAUCAUUUGCACAUUAUCGCCCUGAGCAAAGCAUUGGAUAUCCCCGUCGAAAUCGUCUACUUGGAUGGAAGCAUGGGUGCCGAAGCCGCCGUUCAUGGAUUUUGGCCAGAUGAGGAAAAUAAGCAAGAAAAACCACUUCGAUUGAUUUAUCGUCCUGGUCACUAUGAUAUCCUUUACGAGAAGACAAAUUGA